AUGACGAGCUCGUCGUCCUCCUCAUGGAUCUCAAAGCUCCGGGGAUUAGACGCCUACCCCAAGACAAUUGAGGAAUUCAAAGUGCGCACAUUACAGGGCGGUCUUUUUUCUCUCUUGUCCUUUGUAUGUAUUGCGCUCCUCUUAGUGUCCGAAUUAAAUUUCUACUUUACAACGGACACGGUGGAUAAAAUGGUUGUAGACGGUGAACGUAAUACAAUGGUAUCAAUUAAUUUUGAUAUUGAAUUUCCACGUAUGCCUUGCUCUGUCGUGGCAAUUGAAUCGAUGGAUAUGGCUGGUAACGUCCAGCAUGAUAUUGAACAUGAUAUUGAAAAGACGGCAUUGGAUCGUAAUGGUCACGCACUGGCGGAAGGAAUGCGUGAUGUUAUUGGAGGUGCUUUGACGAAUCAUACGGAGUUAAAACAGGAGGUGGCCGACAAGCCUGUGUGUGGUAGCUGCUAUUCUGCUGGGAUCCCGGGAGAGGUACUGAAUAAAGAUUGCUGCAACACGUGCGAGGAAGUAAGGACGGCGUACGACCGAAAGGGUUGGCUAAUGCCAAGUCUUCAUACGAUUGCGCAGUGUCAACAAUCGCAGCUUGAAAAGGUUCUUCGUGGAGAAGUGGACGAAGGAUGCCGGAUUAAAGGCUCACUUGUUGUCUCCAAGGUUGCGGCCAAGUUGUACUUCGCUCCAUCCAAAUUCUUCAGCUCGGGAUACGUGUCGACGAAGGAUCUGAUGAACGCUACUUUCAAGGUCUUUGACACGUCACACACUGUUCACUCGCUGUCUUUUGGUGAAGCAUAUCCAGACAUGAUUAAUCCACUAGACAACCGCCAAAAGGAACUGCCGGAUUCGGCGACUCGUGGCUCCUUCCAGUACUUCCUUAAGGUGGUGCCGACGGAAUACACGUUCCUAUCAGCGAGCCGUAUCAUUACAAACCAAUUCUCGGCUACGGAGCACUUUCGCGAGCUUACGCCUGUGAGCGACAAGGGUCUGCCGAUGGUCUUGUUCAGCUACACGUUUUCGCCUAUCAUGUUCCGCAUUGAGCAAUACCGUGUGGGCUUCCUUCAGUUCCUCACAAGCGUCUGCGCUAUUGUGGGUGGCGUCUUUACAAUUCUUGGUAUCAUGGACUCGCUUGCUUUUGGGCUUUUGAACAAAUCCAGCAACGCCUCACUGCUAUAA